UUUUUAAUAACUUGAGGUUCAUGUAAGUUUAUAGCGGUUCAUAUGCAAACCACUUCUCAGUACAGUUAGCUUCCAAACAGUAUUUAGCUUGCAAUGAAAUACCUAAACGUGAACCAUACUUAAAACUAAAAUAUCUGCUAGAAUACUCUGAGAACGUCAACUUUUACUAAGUUACUUUUAUUAAGCUAAGGAGUGUACCAGAAUGAAGGAUGUUUCAAGCUGAAUAGUUUGCAAAGGAGGUAGUUCGGACCUUUUAGAUUACAAGUCAGUAAACUUUGCUUACACAGCUGGCUCCAUUCAUUGGCUGAAGCCAAUCACUUUCCCUGUGGUGGCUGAUAAGAAUUUAACAGCUUGAGAAGGUGGAGUGUCAGCGUCCUUAGUGCUAAACACAUUCCCAGGCAUAUAAGUAGCCUCUGUCCAUCACACAUGCUAGAAGGAAUUUGGAAAGGAGAAAUAGAAAUUGGAGAAAGGAAAUCAUGCAUCAUCAUCCUAGCUGGAACGUACAGAAGAGUUUAUGCUGUUUUCAUCAUGUGGAUUCACUGGAGAAAUGACCACCUUUGAUCAACCAAGUAAAAUCAAAAACUUGUUUAUUUGCUGCCUGUGCCCCCCACGGGUGCUGAGGCUCUGGACGUGCAGGCGCCCAAGGACAAGGAGAAAUCUGCUGGUGGGGGUUGUAUGUGUGAUCUACCUGGGAUUCCUUGUCAGUCAAGUGGGUCAUGUUUUACCCCAGAACAAAGGAGGACACCAAAAGAUCAGUUCCAGAAGUCUCCAAGAUGCAGUCCAAACUCCUUUUCUGGGCAUCCCACUGGAUGGCACCCUGUCACUGCCCAAUUUCCAGGAACCCCAGCUUGGUAGCAAUGGGACCUUGCUGCCACCCAAUGUAGUUUAUAUCACCCUGCGGUCCAAGCGCAGCAAGCCUGCCAAUAUCAGAGGCACGGUGAAGCCAAAGCGCAGGAAGAAACAUGCAUCCCCUUUGUCCUACAGACAGCACUUUCCAAAAGCCACUUUUAUGGACCAGGAAGAGGCCUUUGCCCAACAGCCAAGGAGAGCCAUGUAUGCUGCAAGCACAGUGGGAGCAGCAAUGGCUCUGGAGACAAGAAAGCACCAGCUGGCUGAACACAGACAUAAAGGAAUGGCAAUCAGGGAGAGGGGUCACCGGAGACCUGCGGGAAUUUCUGAAUCUAUAAAAGCACAGCCCCAGCCUGAGGAAAGCAAUAUCAGGAUUUACAGUGAGAGCUCUCCCUCUUGGCUGAGCAAAGAUGACAUCCUAAACAUGCGCAUGCUGGCAGAUUCUCAGAUAGAGAGCAUCCAAGAAGUACCUUCUCACAAAGCAGUCCUGGUAGUAUUUGCAAGAGGUUCCAGCACCACAGGAACUGCUUGUAAUCAGGGACACUGUGGCAUUGUCAAAAGACCUCUCGACAUGAGUGAGGUGUUUGCAUUUCAUUUGGAUAGGAUCUUGGGGCUAAACAGGAGCUUACCUUCUGUAAGCAGGAGAUCAGAGUUCUUCCAAGAUGGUCAAGCCUGUCCUGUUGUUCUCUGGGAUUCCUCGUUGAGCCCAACAGAUAAUAAUACCCAUUCUUCAGUGAGAUUAACCUGGGGGAAAUAUCAGCAGCUAUUGAAGCAUAAAUGCUGGCAGAAUGGUAAAGUCCCCAAAGCUGAGUGGGGCUGUACCGAAAUCCAUCAUCAUGAGUGGUCCAAGAUGGCACUCUUUGAUUUCCUUCUGCAGAUCUAUAAUCGACUAGACAGAAACUGCUGUGGAUUCAAACCUCUCAAGGAAGACUCCUGCAUGCAGCAGGGACUGAAGCUGAAAUGUAGCGAUCAGAAUGCUGUUGACCUGACACACAUAGUUCAGAGGAGGCAUGACCGAAGACACUUGGUCUUUAUAGACAAUAAGGGUUUCUUUGACAGAAAUGAGGACAAUCUUGACUUCAAAAUACUACAAGGAAUCAAUGAAUUCCCUGAAUCUGCAGUUUCAGUGCUGAGGAGCCAGCAUUUACGUGAGAAGUUGCUUCAGUCUUUGUUCCUUGACAAAAUAUACUGGGAGAGCCAAGGAGGCAGAAAAGGAAUUGAAAAGCUCAUUGAUGUAAUAGAAAGGAGGUCCAAAAUUCUUCUUACUUAUAUAAAUGCACAUGGAGCCAAAGUAUCGCCCAUGAACGAAUGAAGCAGUCUUGUUUCUAUCUCUUAGAUAGUCUUUAAAAAAAAUUUGUGUAAGGCAAAAAGUGCCAGUAAAAGUGAUUUAAUUCAUAGGCUUAUUUAAUUUUUAUUUUUCUCCAGACUUCCAAGUUUAUUUUUAAAUAAGAAAUCUUACAUGGUUUAAAACCAACAUUUAAAUGUCAGCUGCAUCUCAACACAGUGCAGACCAAUGUGUCACCAAUGAAAUGAAAUGAAAAAUAACCAAAUGGUACAAUAAAUACUGUAGUAAUAUGUCGGUACCAUGAACACUCCUUCUGUUAAACUGUUUGAAAAUUAGCAGCAGGAUUUUCAGUACAUAAGGCUGAAUUCGCUUACUUCCCUCAUUCAAGUCAGUAAAAGUUUUAUUGCAAAUUUAAAUGGGAACAGAGAUAUGUAAGCACUUAAUACAUUGAUGAAAACUGUCCCUGCAUCUACCUGCUGAAACAUGUCUAGUACAGGAAUUUGUCUUUUUAAUUAUGAACACUAAAAGACCAGCAUUACCAAAUGCUUAUUUUAGUUUGAUCUUUUGAAAUCUGAGGACUAAAUUCAUAUCUUUUAAAUGCAGGGGUGUUUGCACUUUACAUGAGGGAAAUUUAAAAACAGAAUAAAAAGAACAUGGCUUUAACAAUAAUAAAUAAUUUGACAAAUACAGUCUUUACCUGUCCAGUAUGGAGUACAAUUCAUCAUGAGUCACUCAUUGCAAUGUUCUGUUUUCAAGUACAGGUUGUUUUGAUGUGUGGGUGGAUGAUCUGAUAUCUCCUGUCUAUUGAUUAACUGUGUGUUACUCACAGAAUUGUCCUUUACUGCCGCUGUUUUUAAAAAAGAAAUUCAGCUUUAGCUUUGUGCAAAUAUGCUGCUAAAUAAGUGUACCUGUUUUGUUUUUGCAACAUGCUUGACUAUUUUUUAGAAUAUUAUCAAAAAGCAGACCUACUAAGGAUGUGAGUGCUGUUAAACUCAGCACAGAAAAUGUUUGGUUUGUGUGCUCAGCUCUAGCCAGUAAUUCAGACUCUGGUUUUCCAUUAAGAUUGACCACUGUGGGGUGGCGAUUCUAGCUGACAACUCGCCCCAAGUAUUCCCACAGGUAAGGUAGUUAGAGAAGGUUGAAUCAGUACUUUGGAUUCUUAACCUUCAUCUGCUCCAGAAAUAAAGUAUUAACUGAUAUAGUCUAUCAUAACAUAUACCUACCUACCUGUUUACUGUCUUUCUAGAGAAAUAUCUUAUUAUCUUCCUGCUGUGAGAUAAUGGCAGAAGUUGAAUACUUUCAUAGCUAUUCUUGUUUUUAUGUAUAGUAAAAGUAUGGGAUGUAUAAGAUUUUUAAGUAUUUUUGAAAGUGCUUGUGUAAUGGUAUUAAUGAGAAACUAAAAUGUUUUGUGUCAAUGUUAAAGUAGGCAGGCGAAUUUAAUGGUAUAAAUAACUACAAUUCCACUGCAGCUAAGCCAGAUUUUCUUUCUCUGUAUCAGAACAUGUAUUAACAGUAAUUGCAUUACUAGAAGAAAUAGUUUUCAUUAUAGGCAGAGUUAAAAGAUACUUAGUAAAAUUUUAAGAGCUUGGCCAUCUAAAUAUUCUUUUAUUCUAUUCCGUCAGCAAAGAGCAGAUAAAUUUGAAAAAACUACCAAGAAUUUAACUAUUGCACUGAGAGGACACUUUCAGAAUGUCUUGAAUUUUUUUAAUAGCACCAACACAGAAUUUUAUAGGAUUUUCUUAUUAUUCCUUUCUUAAUAUGUUGUAACUUAUUAGCCAGGUAAUUUCUAUCACAGAAACAAUAAUAUUACUGUAGCUUGCAGUGUGAACAGAGUCUAAAGAAAGAAAUAAUCCUCUGGACCCAUUUCACAUGGAAUCCUUGUUGCAGUAAAUUCCACUCUUUGAUGACUGUUACAAUCAAUUUGUCUCAUUUUCUAGCCUCUCACAGUUUUCUUCCUGCUAAAUACCUGUUCAAAUGGAUUAUCACACACUGCUGGGAGUGAGAGAACGGCAUGACUCUCAGCUGCACUGAACUUAGAAGAGGGCUAAGUGGAGAUACAAGAGUGUGUCUGAUAAUGAAAAAAAAUCCUAUGAGAACUCUGUCUUCUAGCUUGUCCUCUUCAUUCUUUAGACUGCACAUCCUGGUGCCAAGUUUUUGCCUCACAUUGCCCAGUUGUAUUUUUUUUUUUUUUAGAAUUGACUCAUUCACCAAUAAGAGAAAGAAAUCAGAAGUCAGGAUUGUUCUAUCUUUUCAGGUUAGGUAACUUAUUUUUACUGUGAUAACUUGAUGUAUUCUUCUCCAUUUCUUCUGGACAUGUACUAGUGUUUCCUUGAACAUGAUACAUGCUUUUUUAUUUGCCUGGCAGUUCAGUGUGAGCUCUUAAAGCAGCAGUGUAAUUGCCAACUUGUAAGUAACUGCCCUGAAGGUGACCUGGAGCCUAUCAGUAGUCCUGAGUUUAAGAGGUCCAAGUAGCCAUGAUGUUGUGCAGUGCUUAAAAAUUUGAUCAAGCAUGAAAAGUGUAACUGUAAAGAGAAGAUCUUCUGGAGACAAAUCCUGCAAAUGAACGUCCUUAGGUGAGGAAUGGUGUUUUUUGCUAGAUAUUUUUGGUGACAGAGGCAUACAGAUCAGGUUGUCAUUAGAGCUAAUCUGCAGGGUGAAUCAAGAUUUAGACUGAUGUAGAAAGUACAAGGGGAAGGAUAGGUGUAUCCCCCUGUGCUGACCAGUAUGGACCAGACAGGCACAUAAAAGCACUCUCAGAACUUCUGCAGGGAACAGUGAGUCCAGAGCGAACAGCCAAGGCAGACUAAGCUGUGCCAUUACUGCACACAUUGCCCUCUCCAAGGGCAAAGGAAUUCUUCUUUCUCUGAAAUUCUGAAUCUGGGUCUAGGGCAAGGUGUUCUGCAUCCUGCUUUCACUUUACAAUGGUGCCUUAGUGUUGCACUAUGCAUAGCUGGAGACCUUGCUUUCUGUGCUGUGUUAAUAUGCCAUAUUUCUUAUGUGUACAAACACUUGCAUAGUCUUCAGGGAAGUCAGGAGAGGCUUGUGAGAUUGGGCAGUGGGACUGAACUGUAAAUUGCUUCUAAUUCUCUAAUGUUGAUAACAAACUCCAGAAAGUGCCUUUUCUCCAUAAUGUUUAUCCUGUUGCUGUGGAGCUUGGUACUUGAAUCCAGUAUUGUUAUCAAUAAGAAGUAUGAUUGAGACAGUGCUUAUGAGUACAUACUAGCCAUGUUCUAGGGUUUUUAACAAAAAUUAAGUAUUCUGUAAUCUUUGAGUUCAUUUGCAUAAAUGCUCUCAAAAUGUAAAAAAUACAAAAAGAACGACUUUGAAGAGUUAUUUAUUUGCUGCUACUACAUUCAAGAUAUCUGCUCUCCCUCCCAUAACAGGAGUAAAGUUUAUUGGGAAAUCAGUCUACUUCCUCUUACAACAACAUGACGUUGGACUGACAUUCCCGCACUGUAGCCUAAGUAAUAUUUGCCAAUAGGAAAAAAACCCAAAGAAACCUUACUCUACCUGUGGUGGUGUUCAACACAAAGCCAAGAAACUGUGUUUUAGUCAUCUUUGCUGGGCUGUCUUCCAUUUAUGGUCAUAUGGGAUCAGACAAAGAUUCAUGUUGCACAUUACUCUGAAGGGUGUAACCAAUGGCAACAGUCCAAAAUCUGUGGGUGGGAAAAGAAAAUUAUGUCAUUCUUGAAUCUGCCUGAAAGCCAGUACCACAUGAAAUGGAAUUACUAAGAAGGUUUGCUGAUUUAAUAACAUUGGAAGACAGAGCUUAAAAUAAGUAGCACAGGCACAGAUGCUUCAAAAUUCCUUGGGAGCCUGACAGCAAGUUAAUAAUCUUAAAUGUUUCAGAAGCUGAGAACAUGAAAAUUUUUGUGGAGCACUGUGAAACCAGUUUCCUUCUUUUUUUGUGUGUGUAUUCUAUAAUGCACUAUAUUAAGAAAAGAUAAAUUCCAAUGAGCAAAUACAAAUUUAGGGUACAGUAAGGGACAAACUUCCAGUAGCAAUUCUGUAAAUGCUUCCAUUCAUGUGUAUGUAUGUGAACCCAAACAUACAUGUAUGUGUAUUUAUACCUUGGCUUGUUUCUAUAAAAUGGUCAGUUUGGCUAAUAAAGAGCUAGUUGUUUAUACAAUUUGCUGUUUACAUGUAGGAUUGAAUUUGUCAGCAUAAGUCCAAUUUAGGGUAUACCCAAGUUGAAGUUUAAACAAAACAUUAUUAUGGAUGAAACUUUUGUUCUCAAAGGAUUAACUCUUCCCUUGCUAACACAUUUAUAUAAUCUUAAAAGUUUUCUACUUACAAUUGUAGAGAAAAACAGCAAUAUAUUUACAUCUGACCUAAACUGGCAGAGUGAUAUCAACUCAGAUGUUUUUAUUGAAUUUUAUAUUAGAUAUUGAAUUUGCAUUUUCUUUUGGAAUUUGUGCAUUUUAAAAGUAAAUUUAUUUGUCCUUUUAUUAGUGACAGUAAAAGCAUUAUCACAGGUUAUGAAUUGUUUGAAUCUCUACUACUAUUGUCAUAUAAUGUCCAGGAAUAUACAAAA